GAUGGAUUAAGGCAAAGCUCCUUGUUUUCAUCUGGCCGUCUCGCAUCCUUACAAGAAGACACAACAAAACUAUUUCUCUAGAAUCUGAGGAAACGUGCGGCCAACAACAACAUUCUGUUUACCUACUGGUUUUUUCUCUGUUUCUGUCUAUAUUUAUAUAUAAAUAUUAAAUGUUCAAUAUCUAACUCCUAGCCCAAGUCUUUGUUUCUCGAAGUUCUUUCUGAAUUUGAUCAUUGCUGCACUGUACGCGUACAAAAUCCUGCGUGUGGGGUCCUUUACCCCAACAGAAAAAAACCAGUCUCUUGACAAUGUCAUUCUGGUUUCACCAAAACUCUUAAGCUUCACCAACCUCUUAAUUUGCCCGAAGCUAUAAACUUUGCUUUCGCAUUGCGCAAAUUGUUUGCAAAGUUUGCGACUUUAAUGGCUUCGAAGGCCAAUCCCAUCUGGGGUUAUGUUAAACCCUCACAUUUUCAUGUGGGUAUGCGGGAUUUGGGGUCCGGUCCUUGUGUGUUUGCUUUGGAUUUCAGGGGUUUGAACAAAUGGGAAUGUUGUUGUGUUGGUGUUUUAGCUCAAACUCCUCAGAGAGCUAUCACUCCUGUUGAGGAUGAGAAGCCUACACAUGGUGUGGAGUCCUCUGGGGCUAUUCAGCGAUCCUCUGAUAUUGAGUCAACUGGUUUUCAUAAGGAUUUGAAUCUUCUUCCCAAACCAUUGUCUGCAACUGAACUUUCUUCAUCUUCUUGUGAUGGCUCAAAAGUACGGGUUGCUUACCAGGGUAUACCAGGUGCAUACAGUGAGUCUGCUGCACGGAAAGCAUACCCCAAAUGUGAGACUGUCCCAUGUGAGCAGUUUGAAGCGGCAUUCAAGGCUGUUGAAUUGUGGUUAGUGGAUAAAGCAGUUCUCCCCAUCGAAAAUUCAGUUGGUGGUAGCAUCCACCGCAAUUAUGACUUGCUACUUCGGCAUAGGUUGCACAUAGUGGGGGAAGUACAGUUGGUAGUUAACCAUUGUCUUCUUGGGUUGCCUGGUGUAAGAAAAGAGGAGCUUAAACGUGUCUUGAGCCAUCCACAGGCACUUGCUCAGUGUGAGAUGACGCUAAGCAAGUUAGGUAUUGUCAGAGUAAGUGCCGAUGAUACUGCUGGUGCUGCUCAGAUUGUAUCUUUAAGUGGUGAAAGAGACACUGGAGCAGUUGCAAGUGCCGAAGCUGCGGAAAUCUAUGGUCUUGACAUUCUUGCUGAAAAGAUCCAGGAUGAUGAUGAUAAUAUUACCCGUUUUUUGAUACUGGCAAGAGAGCCUAUAAUUGCAGGAACUUGGAGGCCCUAUAAGACAAGUAUUGUUUUCACUCUAGAAGAAGGCCCUGGCAUGCUGUUCAAAGCGUUGGCAGUCUUUGCUUUGAGGGACAUUAAUUUGACUAAGAUAGAGAGCCGUCCACAGAGAAAGCGUCCCCUAAGGGUUGUUGAUGAUUCUAAUAAAGGGAGUGCAAAGUAUUUUGACUACCUCUUCUACAUUGACUUCGAAGCAUCUAUGGCUGAAGAGAGAGCCCAACAUGCUUUGGGACAUUUGCAGGAAUUUGCUCGAUUUCUUCGUGUUCUUGGUUGCUAUCCAAUGGAUACAAUUUCAUAGAUGGUUCUAUGGAAACCCUCCCUGACAUUGUUUUCUCCCAUCUUGAUUUACUGUCUGAAGAUAAACAAUUAAACUUCCAUUGCUGUGCUGUACAUACAUCUUCUGACCCCCGAGCUGAAGCCAGAGAUGGGAAACUGGGAAGAAGUUUGUGUUAGUUAUGGUAAAAGGUGAAAGUUUUCUGGGAGAGUUCUUUGGCUAUUUUUAGUUCUCAAUUCUUUUCUUCCUCCUAAUGGAGGUUGUUUGGAUGGUAAGUAGUAUUGUGAUGGGGUGCAUUGUGGGGUAGAAUUGAUAUACUUAUACUGCAAAUGUCAAGAAUCUUGUGAAUCUUAUCGCUUUGGUGAUUCUCCAAAUAAAAUAAGAGAUUUGGAUCCUGAAAGUGGUGAGGUAACUAUUAAAUAGUCUUACCCUUUACAGGUUAAUAAUCGCUGUCCUCACAGGCUGAACACUUUUUUUUUU